UACAAGUGCUAAUUUUUUUUUUCAUUAUUUGGGAAUUGAUAGAAGGAAAAAAAUUGUUUUUAAAAAAGUUAUGGAUAGGUAUGAGAAAGUGCAGAAGCCAAAAAUUGAUAAUCCUAUUAAGGAGAAUGAGAUUAGAAUAACAACACAAGGAAGAUUAAGGAAUUACAUUACUUAUGCUACUAAUCUUCUUCUUCAGGAGAAAGGAUCUAAAGAAAUUGCUCUCAAGUCUAUGGGUAGAGCAAUUAGCAAAACAGUAAUGAUAGCAGAACUAAUAAAGAGGAAGAUUGUUGGCCUUCAUCAGAUCACAUCGAUUGGUUCAAGUGAUAUCACUGAUACGUGGGAACCUUUAGAAGAAGGACUUCUUCCGCUCGAGACUACUCGUCAUGUGUCAGUCAUAACAAUUAUCCUUUCAAAGGAGGAGUUAGAUACCUCAUCAGCCGGGUAUCAGCCACCUAUUCCAGCAGAUCAAGUCAGACCACUGACCGAAUAUGAUUAUGGAGGAGGGCGUUUUAAUGAUGGUGUGCCUGGAAAUGGUGGAGAGGGCGGAUGGAAAGGAGGACGUGGAUAUAAUGGUAGAGGCCGAACUGGAGGAAGAGGUCGUGGUAAUCGUGGACGUGGUAACAACUAUGGUGGAGUAGCUGGUUCAAUGCCCAUUCAAGGCCAGGCAGGUCGGGGCCAAGGCCAAGGCCAAGGACAAGUACAGGGACGAGGUAGAGGUCGUGCUCAGGGUACUAAAUCAAAUGAUCCUGUUCGAGCAUCAGUUGCUUAUGUUUGAAUGUUUAGGACAAUUCACUUGCUGUUUUUACAAUGUGUCCAUGCUUGUGUUCUUCAAAAUCUAACAGAAACUCAAGCCCAAUACUCCUCUCAUUCUCUUAGGGUAAGAUAUGACUCAGUGAUCGUGCAAACGAUCAAAAUGAUCUAAGCUAAUAAAUGAACAGGUUAAGCGAGUCAUGUUUUUUUUU